GUUCUAACAGCAGCUCACUGUGUUAUUAACAAAAAUCCAGAAAGGUUGCGUGUGCUGGCUGGGGUUCUGAACUUGGGUAGAGCACCCAACAACUAUAAGCAAACUAUUGGAGUCAGCUCUUUCGUCACGCACGAGGGUUAUACGGGCACAUUUCCCGGACUUGCCAACGAUAUAGCUAUUAUUACUCUCAAGAAAAACGUUACAUUCAAUAAUAACGUAAAG